AUGACCCGUAUCACGGGUCAAAAGAGCGCCGGGGAGGGCUCGCGCCGGCGGCGGACUGGCGUUGCGGGGGGUUCUCCUUUACUAAUUUUCCUUACGAGACUUGAGAGGGCCUUAGUCGCAGCCUCCAGGUGGGACGAGCUGCGUGCCCGGGGCGCUGAACUGCUGCGUUGGGCGCAGCAGCUGACCAUCGUCAGCGUGAACAUGCCACAUGCGACGGCCGUCAAAUUCAGAGUCGCAACGCCGACCCGCCUGGCCUCUGACCUGCGGGCGGCCGGCAGGUGGUUCGCCGACGAGGGCGGUCCACGCCAGCUGCAAAACCUCGACGUCCAGCUGCGCGAGGUUUGGAGUCGGCUGCGCUACCUCACCACCUGGCACGUGUAUGGUGAGGCCGUCGUGUUGGGUUGGGAGAACGCCAUCACGUGGGAUGGACGGCACGUGUCUCCUCUAUUGACCGAUUCCUGCCACCACGUGCUGGUCUUGCUCACUCAGCCCGCUACACCCACGGCCGUCACCCUGCACAUGGAGGACCUGGACACCGCCUCUAGGAGGGUAUUCACUUUCUUUAGAGGAAAAGACAGAGUCACUAUCGACUCUAAUCUCAAGAUGACCUAUAAUUCAAAGAACGUGCGUAGUCCAUUCCUCAAUUUCGGUGGCCUGACCGUCACUUGGACGCUGGGUCGGGCAACGGUGUCUUCCUCUGAAGGCCUAAGCUUAGAGUGCCACCUGAGCCAGGACCUGUGCCGGCUUUCUGUCACAGGCGAACACUUCGCUGCCACCGCCGGGCUCCUUGGGGUUUUCGACUUUGACAACAACACUGACUUCAUGACCAGCGACUGGGAGAUGCUGGCCUCAGCUGAGGAGUGGGCAGAAAGCUGGCGGGUAACCUCCUCUGAGCAGUGCUCCUCAGCCCUUCCAGAGUCCCUUGUAGCGCCACCUGAAGACCAUCACUGCAGUAAUCUCUUCAAUAGUCCUACAUCCCCCUUGAGAACCUGCUUUGCUAGUGUGCCAACUUCUCCUUACUUAGAGACAUGUCUCGUAGGGAAGGCAUGCGCUGCUGAGACUGCCUAUAUACACACAUGUCACCGGCAUUAUCACGAACUUUCUCAAAACAUAUCGUCGUACUGCCAGCCAUGCACACUCCAUGGUGAGGAGGAACAAGGUGCAGAGGAUCUCAGGAAGGAGAUCGUCAUCGUCACAGACUUUGAAUGCCUGGAAGAUGUGCAGGACCUCGUGACAGCCCUACAUAAGGAUGCCAGGAAGAAUCGAAGAAUACUGCUACGAUAUAUUGGGCGUGGAAACCCUCCAAUUGAGGAUCUGGAUGGAAUUGAGGAAAUGGUCAUGGACUCUGGGACUUCCCCACUUGAUGCUGUUGCUUCUGCUGCUGCCGUCGACUUCUCGCCACGGGCUCUUAAGUCUAUUGUCCUUUUUGAUUGUAAUCAUCCACGAUGCACUGUUUCGAGCACUUCAGCACCGGUGCAACAACUACGCAAAGAAAUGCUAGCUCAGGGCAUCCAGCUGCAUGUGGUCACCAGUGACCACAUUGCUGUCCUCGACCCCAGCGAGCUCUCCAAUAAGGCCAAACGGCAGCUGCUGGGUCUGGAUGGCCACACGAGUUACCUGAUGUCCCAUGCCCGCAAACGCCUGGUCAGAGGACACCGGGGUAACAGAGAACACAUAACCACGCCCAUUGGAAAUACUUGUUGUAGUCUUGCAGUGGAGACAGACGGAUCAGUGUUCUCACUGCAGCACCUCAAGAUCCACCGGAAAUACCACCGGAAGAUCUUCCAGCAGCUUCUGGCGCUGCGCGUCGAGGCGGGCUGGGAGGCUGACUACCUCACCUGUAGGAGAUGCGAGUGCGGACGACAGUGCGCGCUAUGCCAGCCCCCUGCUCCACAUGUGUAUACGAAAUCCGGCAGAGAUUCUAGAGAGGAGGAAGAAGAAGAGGACUACGAAGAUGAGCCAGAGGAAGAAGAGCCGAAAAGCAGAGGGAAAAAGAAGAAGCAGAAGAGUCAACGCGGGCGUGGAAGAGGAUAGAUCUCGCGAACUGUAGAUCCACAAGCUUAUGGGCGGCGCUGGGGAAAUUUUGAUGUUGUCUACUAGUGUUAUGAUCCAUCAAUUUAUAUCACUUCCAACGAUAAUGAACUGCAAAACUGGAAAAGAAGCAUAUAUUUUUUACCAUUUUCAUGCAUGACGACCAGUCAAACCUUUUUAUAAAAUGCAUAGGCAUUCUAACUGUUUCCCGGAGUAAACAUCCACACAUAACUUGAAAUGCAGAAAUGCAUACGAAAUAUAUUAACACUUUUCUUGCCAGGAAGCAACAUAAUUUAUAUCUCCUCGGGGUCACUUUCUGUUUGCUUGCCUAAUAAUUUUUGCGUAUUUUUAAUGCGUAUUUCAGUACUAAGCAAGUUUUGAUGGUAAUUAUGUUGCAGAAUCAUUUGAAAUGUGUUUUUAUAUCUACCAAUAUUGAAUAUUAAAGAGAUAUUUCAUGAUACAAGUAAAAUAAUCUAUAAAAUUUGUACUCCUGUCCUUCCAGCCACUCUUUUUUCUUUUCUUUUCUUGAUAAUUCGUUCAUAUUGAUUACUACAGUCAUAUAUUGUAUGACAAUCAGUACAGACAUGAACAAUACUUGAAGCAAAUAUAAUAUAACAGAAGAGAAUUAAAUGUUUCAAUUAUUGUGGGUUAAGUUAGUCACUUGGAAGUGGAUAUGCCCAUUGGAAUGAGAAUAUCUGUUAAGACUUUGCUCUGUGUAAACAAAGGGCGACGAGUUAUUAAAAUGGAUCAAUACUACCUGGCGACAGAAAACACAAAAGAGGAACCAGUUGUGAAAUGUCAUCCAUAGGAAUUUGGGUAGUUGUUAAAAAGAGCCUUUCUUGUUUUUGCAGCUCGACGAACAUGCAGCACUGCGUUCACUACAUCCCUAACAGAAAACACGUUAGGCUAAUGGUUCGAAGUGAAUCGGCCAAACUUAAAGAAUGAAUAAAUAUAAACAAAAUAAAUAUAUCUAUAAACAAAUCCGAGUGUAGUAUCUUGAAACACCGGUAGGUCUGUUAGGCUAACAACGUUUUGUGAUCGGCGGCUAAGGUGUCGUUCACUUGGCCAUUAGCCUACAUGGUUAGCUGAUCGGUGUCAAUUGAACGCAGGGGCAUCACUUCCAAAAAUUAUUGUUUCCAGUCGGUGAGUAACUUAGUAGGACGCCUUCUCUGCGUAUAGUAGAUAAUCCCAACACCAAGAAAAUUUAUGUUAAGAACAAUUUAUUCAAAGUGUUUCUUCGCUUAUUUUACAAUAAAACUGCCAAUGCCAGAAGAAAAAUGAAAUUUCAAAAUAUGCACGGUGACAGAAGUGCAUUUAUGUACGGCCUUUAGGGCACAUGUAUAUAAUCUUAAGCCUAGCAUUAAGUAAAACUAAUUUUAAGUUGCCAUGUUAACUUUAUGGUAAUUAGAGGUAAGUGACAUGAAUAAAGCUAGUAAUGUG